AUGUAUGGGUUUUUACCAUGCUCAAAGAGUAGUCUUGGACAUUUGUUCUUGAUUAUUGUUUAUGAAUAUCUUUUGUUUCAUGGAGAAUCCUAUGUUGCCUCCGGAGGAGAGAGGAUUUUCAAAAUUCUUGGUCCUGGUGUUUUUGGUGCUAGUAUUUUUCAAGUUAUCGGUUCUCUUCCUGAAGCAUUGAUCUUACUUGCUUCCGGGCUCUUGAACAGUAAAGAAACUGCUCAAGAAUGCGUGCAAGUGAUUCUUGGACCAAGAUCAUGGGUGGAAACAUCCAUUGUUGCUGAGGUUAUUGAACACAAUGAUGUUCCAAUUCUAUCAUUUGCCGACUCUAGUUCGCCGUGGGCAGCUGAGCGUAUCCCGUUCCUUGAUAAAGUGGCGGCCAGCACAUACACACAAAUGAAGGCAGUAGCUAAUAUAAUUCAAUCCUGGGGGUGGCGCCGAGCAAAUGUAAUCUACGAGGACACAGAUUCUGCAGCAAUGGCAUUAGUCCUUAUCUACAUGGCCUAUGAUGCCAUGCAGACAGUGGGAUUAGCAAUGAAUCAAGGCGAUGUCAACAGUGGCCGGAAACUUUUGAAAAGUAUUUUGAAAAUAUAUUUCAACGGAUUAAGUGGGAAAAUCCAGUUUAUGCAGCAAAAAUUAGAGCCUGCGACUCAAUUUCAGAUAAUCAAUAUCAUUGGAAAGGAGUAUAGAGAACUGGGAUUUGGACUGGUGAAGGAUUCUCCAAUAGUAUUGAUGGAGUGUACAGUUCUUCCAUGGAGAGAGUAG